UUCAUUGCUGUGGAAAUGACACCAUUUACACCAUGGGGGAAAAUUUGGGAAGGAAGUUAAUCUGCAUCCAUCUAGAUUUUGCAUGUGCACAGUGGGUAAGAAAUUCCUCCUUGGUGAGGUGCUCUGUAUGCACGAUACCAUGGAUCAGAAUUUCGGGAUUGGAGCUCAAAUAACUAUAUCACUCAUUAUUUCAAUGCAACUUAAUGACUUCAUCGACUCAAGCACUCGUGCACAGUGUUGCAGUGUGAAAGCUAUACAUACCGCAAGAGCAAGAGGAUAACCAGGGAAAAGGUAUGAAACGGCCAUUAAGCCCUCCUCUGCCCCCUGAAAGUGGUGAUGCUGAUGCUUCCUCGGUGAAUGAAGACGUCACAGAGUUGCAAUCUGUUACUGCAGACGGCACGCAGAAGCGAGAAAGAAAACUCCAGACUUUCACUCUUUGUGGGGUCUGUAACAUUCAGCUGAACUCCGCUGCCCAGGCCCAGAUCCACUACAAUGGUAAAUCCCACCAAAAACGACUUAAAAAGCUUCAGAAUGGAAAAAUGCCCACAAGCCAAGUUGUUGUGUUCGAUGCUGUUGUGGAUCUAACUGCUGGAUCUCCCAACCCACCAGCACUUCAGAACCAUCUCUAUAUCCUGUGCCAUCAUUCAAAAGGGCUCCCUAAUCAUCACCAUCCCAGGAGAAAUUACAGACUGUCGUUAAAUUCUGACCUUGUUGGCAAUAACCCCAUCCUGUAAAUGAACCAAAAAUAAAAGACAAGAGGGUUCAACAGUGUUCUACAUGAGGUGUGGAAGAGGAAGAAUACAUCUUAUCAGCUGUCUCCUUCAAGUGACUCCAACAGGCAUUUGAUUCUAGGAUAUGACAUUCAAAAUUUUGCUUAGCUUUACAAUAAUAUGUAUUUAUUAGUCAAAGCAAACUGACUGAUAUUAGUAAAUCAAUAACCCACCCCCCGACACCAAUUGCUAAACACUAUUGAUGAUGUACUGUAUUUCCUCGAACAAAUAAGCAUACAGCUUUGAUUUAGGAUUUCUUGGUUUAUUUUGCCAUUGUGUGGGAGACUACGGCUGUUUGUUGCUGCCAGGCCUCAUUUGCCUUGAUCAGCUGAGUAGCUCUGUGAACGUAACACAUUGUGGCAAGAUGUACUAUGGAUAUCCAACACCGCGUACUUUCAUUCUCAUUUUCUAAACCUCAAGCACAUCCACGGACAAGUGUCCCUAUGCUUUUUACCAUCAGACUUCACAACAGAAAUAACGUACAGCAAUGUGGGCAGCACUUCUGAAGCGAGGUAUGUUUGUGUUUUAUAUUGGUCUAUUGUAAUACUUGCUGUUUGCAAGGAAAAAAAUGCAAUGAGAUUUGUUAUAAUCAGGAUAUAUUAGUCUUCAACACAGGAAAGGUGUUUGGCAGAAUUUCAUCUAGAAAAUAUUGCACCUAAGGAUUUCUAUCAAAUAUUUUAAGAUCAAUGCGAAAAACAUUGCACCUUGCAAUUAAUUGAUAUAUGAGGAUGUGAAUCAGUAUUUAGUUUCACUUUAGUACUCAAUGAAACUUAGAGAUGCUGCAACUUCUUAAAAUAGCAUUACUUUUCGAAUGAAACAGUUGAAAGAACUAUUUGGAGUCAAUUUAAAAGUCAAGUUUAAAGUUCAAAGAUGCUUAUAAAAUGCAACACUUGAAACUGAAAUUAAUUUCCAAUCUUGAAGUACAGAAUAUUGUAAAAUGGUGGCUGACAUUUGUUGUUUUUCUCUUCUCAACAGCCCUUCAGAUUUUAUGCACUUAGAUCAAUGUAAUAAUGUGAUUUACCUUAAAGCAGAGUUUUAUUGUAACUGUUGACUAAUAAAAUAUGCACUUUACAAAGUAAUAAAGUGGGCAGAAGAGGAAAAAAUCUGGUUUGCAUCUCUUUAUCGUUAUUCAUGCCUUGGGUAUCAGUGUAUGGAAGACUCAUGGACAAAGAAUGUCAUUGAAAUAAGCUUGAUGUAUUUUAUAAUUUUGUUGCAAAUAAAAAUCAUUGUUUUUUUUGUUCCUGUUGUACUG